UUAGCACAAAUGUAAUGAAAUUAUUUCAUUCUCCAAAAUUCGUAGUUUUUAUUUGGAAUAAGUGUGUUUUUAUUGCGUCGGUUCUAUUGUUGAAACACAUAUUCUAUCAACUAUAUCGAGUUCCCCUUCUUUCGCUUAUCAAAAAUUAUUCUACGCAGUGCCAAUGUUAACGUCGCUGCUCUUUCUUCUCUGCCAAAUAAAUUCUAUAUCAUGUUUUCAACCGGAUGAAAGCUAGAAAUCAGCACAUUUGCAAACUCCCGUUUGGCCUCUAAAAUUAUCAAAAAGUCUCUCAAAACUUAUUGCCUGCACAAAAUCACUCGUGUAUCCGGAAACGAUCAGUUUGUGAAACGAAAUCAACUUGACACCAUGCAAAAGCAAUUUACUACUGACUUUUACGUUCUUCAAGCGAAGAUUAUUUGUAAAAUGAAGUUCUUGUUCAUUUUCGUAUUGAUUUGCAUCAAAGUUUGUGAUUCAAUCGAAUUAAAAUGUGGUUAUCUUACUAACGACCAAAAAAUCGUUGAGUUUUACUGUGAAAAUUACCAAGAAUUGUGGCCUGUGAAUUGUACAAAAUCAGCUUUAUACUCGAUAAGCUCUUGUGAUAAAUCAAAAGUGACGCAACUGAAGAUCGGUGGCUGUGAUCAGGAUACAAUUUCAGUGCUCAUCCAUGAUUUUCGAAAUAUCCAUUCAUUGGACUUGUCCUAUUCCGAUCUUCAGUCAUUGAAUCCAUUCAACGAAACUCUUGGUCAACUGGUCAAAUUGGACCUAUCCCACAAUCGCUUAACGGAAAAUCCGAGAGAAUUUUUUACUCAAAACCCAAUGCCACGAUUAAAUGAAAUCGAUUUAUCAUACAACGAAUUUAGUCACGUUUCGGGUUUGCCUGACGCUCUGAAGCAAGUGAAUCUGUCCUAUAAUAAUUUAUCGUUGAUAAACUACUAUGAACUAACGGAUGUUCCUAGCUUGUUGUACCUUGACCUUGCUCACAAUUUUCUUGAAAAAAUCGAUCAUCCGGAUAUAUUUGCGAAAGCAAAACAUUUGAAGACACUUCGAUUGGAAGACAAUCGAUAUAGAGAAUUUGAUGGACGAUUUUUACAGCUGAUAAAACGUGGAGUUACAGUGGUUUGCUCGUGGAAUUACAUCACGUCGUUUGAAAUGGAUGAAAAUCUUGGCAAAUCGAUUCGAAUUAUUACAAAGAGACAAAUUGAAGGGAUUCUUUCAACGGCGGAUGGAAAGCUGAAAUUUCAUUGCCAUGAGGGAAGCUUUGAGGCGAUAGAAAGUUUCAAAUUCACCGACAAUCACAUCGAAAAUAUCAGUGAAUUGCUUCGUUGUUUGACACCAUCACUGAAGCAGUUGACAUUAUCCGGACGCUUUACUGAAAAAUUGAAUGUCAGUUCAGUCGAACGAUUCGAAAAUUUGACUAAGCUUACCUUGAAUGAUGGGCUGUUGACAUCUUUUGAUUUUAAUUCUAUCAAAACAUUGCGAAAUUUGGAAUCACUGGACAUUUCACGGAAUAAUUUAAAACGUAUUGGAAAUCUUCAACACAAUCCCAGGUCAUUUAUUUAUGAAUUGAAUUUGUCUAAAAAUUAUGUGGGUCAAAUUAAUGCAAGCACUUUUGAGAAAUAUAAAUUUUUGCGUACGCUGAAUUUGAGCAACACAAGACUCGCACUCAACGAUCUCAGACCGUUUGAUUCGUUCUAUCGUUUGGAGAAACUAGACAUUUCUUACAACAAUUUGGAGAAGGCUAACUUUACAUCACUUCCACCUGUUUUGAAAGAGAUGCAACAAUUCUCUGCUGCCUACUGUAACAUCGCAAACGUUUCUGCUUUGUUAAAGCAAUUCGGACCAAACAUUGAUUUCAUUGACUUGUCUGGAAAUCCUCUGCAACGAUUGGAGAAUAUCACAUUCGAGAAUGUCACGCGUUUGGAUAUGAAUUUGAGCCGAACCCAUUUAUCUCACAUCAGCUUCGCUUUUGAACGACUUUGGCGAAUAGAUCUUUCUCACAAUAACUUGAAAAGUGUGGAUUUAAAUCUCACUGCGGUACGAUCGUGGCUAAUGGAACUUCGUUUAAAUGGAAAUGAACUAACAGACGUCGACCAAUUCGCCCAGUCAAAAUUCAUGGACCUUAAACUAAUUUCUAUUUCGAACAAUCAAUUUUCAUGCAAACAAUUGGCACAGUUCAUAAACGAUUGGCCAAAUUCGAAGCUGAUUGAUAACCCAUUGCGACAAAAACACGGCGACUGUUCACACGCCAUCCGUCUUAUGAACAACUUGGGCUUCGUUGGAGGUUUAAUUUCGUAGAUUGCCAUGAUGCUUUUUUAACAGCGCUAUUUUUUCGACUUUUAUUUGUUUAUAUAGAAAAUUUAAAUGAAUUAAUUUUGUGAGCGCAGGCUUGGAUUUGCAUUUGUUUCAAAUACUUUUUUAUAUGGACACACAUUUGAUUGAUUUUGAAACAAAAAUUUAGAUUCGACUCAUUGGCUCUUGCGAACAAAAUAAAAUUCACUCGUUCUUUUUAAAUUUGUUCUUCAAUGUUCUUUGAAUAAAAGCCAAUGAUAGGAAACUUUCUUAGUUCUUA